AUGCCCGGGUCGCCGCGAACUCCACGACACUCGCGCAACUCUUCAGCAGUCGACAGCUUCGCCGGGUCGCCUCCUAUUCGGCGGUUCUCGAGAUCCUCUGCGCAAGAUGCAAUACCGUCGUUCCAGCACAGCCCGAACCAGCACGAUGUCCUGGAUCUUGCGGUGCUAGGCGGUCCCGGAACAGGGGCCGGCAACGGAAUGGGCAACCUGGCUGAUGAGCUGGCGGAUGCGUUUUCCGACUCAGGGGACGAGGGCGAUUACGACGCCGAGGGACAGGAGUACGAUAAAGCGGCAGACCAGGCGGGACACAACGACGGCGCAGCGCAAAACCCGUCGGCAAACGGCGAUGCGAAACGAAGUGAGGGGGACGCAGGCCUGCUCUCUCCGCGCCCAAAGGGUCAUCAGGGCCACCAGAGAAAGUCCAGUCUAUACGAUGGCAGCGACUACGGUUCAGACUCAGACCUCGACAUUGCCGGCAUCCCUCCGAGUCUCAUGGCCAAGAUUGACGCUGUCGAGAACCUCACCAUCCGCGGGACGGAUAACUACGCAGGCACAGCGGACGAUGUGCUGAAGCGGGUGAUUCAGGAGCUUCGCGACUUGGGGUCGCAAUCUAGCGUCGAGGGCAGCGCUUCGAGGCUUAUAACAGCACACUCGGCACUGACGACGCAUCUUGCGCACCAAACCCGCCAGCUUCACAGCCUCACUUUUCCCUUGCUUUCUCCGCCUGCACCCGCGCCCGACGUCGAAACGAUCGACACCCUCAUGCCGCUGCUCGUAUCCCUGACAGACGACAUGCCGCGGCCAUCGACGUCGGCCUUUAACUCGCUGACGGCGCUGCACUCCAUCACAUCAGAACUGAUACAGUCGCUGAGUUACCUUUCCGACACGCUGCACAUGUCUCGGCAGACAACCGCCGCCGCCAGCCGGAGACUGAAGAGCGCCAAGGAGCUCGUGGCCGAGAUCAGAAAGGAGGAUGAGCUGAGGGAGCAGGGCGAGGAGUGGCUGACGAGGGGAAACUGGAGCGAGCGGCUGGAGAAGAGGGAGUGCGCAAGUGUAUGCGGAGAAGUCAUUGGCGGCUUCGAGGAUGUCUGCAACGGCUGGAGGGAGCGACUGCUUGCCCAAGCAGAGCCCCAGGCGUAA